AUGGUGAUAUCUGACCAGAAGCAUACUAGGAAGAAGGGCUACCAAAGUGUGCACCUCCACAUCCCCGGAGGUCCAGACCAAUCCCUGGAUGCUACCUGCCUCCUCCCCCACCCCUCCACAUCCCCGGAGGUCCAGACCAAUCCCUGGAGCCUACAUGCCUCCUCCCCCACACCUCUACAUCCCCGGAGGUCCAGACCAACCCCUGGAGCCUACCUGCCUCCUCCCCCACCCCUCCACAUCCCCAGAGGUCCAGACCAAUCCCUGGAGGCUACCUGCCUCCUCCCCCACACCUCCACAUCCCUGGAGGUCCAGACCAAUCCCUGGAGGUUACCUGCCUCCUCCCCCAAACCUCCACAUCCCUGGAGGUCCAGACCAAUGCCUGGAGGCUACCUGCCUCCUCCCCCACACCUCCACAUCACUGGAGGUCCAGACCAAUCCCUGGAGGCUACCUUCUUCCUCCCCCACACCUCCACAUCCCCGGAGGGCCAGACCAAUCCCUGGAGCCUACAUGCCUCCUCCCCCACACCUCUACAUCCCCGGAGGUCCAGACCAAUCCCUGGAUGCUACCUGCCUCCUCCCCCACCCCUCCACAUCCCCAGAGGUCCAGACCAAUCCCUGGAGCCUACCUGCCUCCUCCCCCACACCUCCACAUCCCCGGAGGUCCAGACCAAUCCCUGGAGCCUACAUGCCUCCUCCCCCACACCUCUACAUCCCCGGAGGUCCAGACCAAUCCCUGGAGGUUACCUGCCUUCACCCCCACACCUCCACAUCCCCGGAGGUCCAGACCAAUCCCUGAAGCCUACCUGCCUCCUCCCCCACACCUCCACAUCUCCGGAGGUCCAGACCAAUCCCUGGAGGCUACCUGCCUCCUCCCCCACACCUCCACAUCCCCGGAAGUCCAGACCAAUCCCUGAAGCCUACCUGCCUUCUCCCCAACACCUUCACAUCCCCGGAGGUCCAGACCAAUCCCUGGAGGCUACCAGCCUCCUCCCCCACACCUCCACAUCUCCGGAGGUCCAGACCAAUCCCUGA